GACAGAGGGGAGUGAAAGCUGUGUUCAUGAAAACAGAGGAGCAGGACAAAGCAGACAAAAGGUUCUCCUGCAGGACGGAGCAGCUCGGCUCGGAACUCUCUGGACUACUUCCGCAAAGAGAGUCUGCAGCUGUGUUUCAGUCUGUGCAUGUCCCACACAGAGGGGUCUACAGCAGGAGCGGAGGGUCUCAUCGACUAUCACUGACCCCCACAGAGCCGCAGGCAGCACCCCGCCGCCGGCAUGACCCUCACACGGAGCUCCGCCCUCCUCCCCGGAGCCCUCAGCCUGCUGCUGCUGCUCUGCGCCCGCAUACAGGUGUCAUCAGCCUCGGGACACUUUGAGCUCCAGAUUUUAUCCAUGCAGAACGCUAAAGGGCAUCUUCAGACCGGUGCCUGCUGUGACGGAUCACGGCACACGGUGGAUGAGCGGUGCGCGGCAGACGAAUGCGACACCUACUUCCGGGUGUGUCUGAAGGAGUACCAGCUGAAGGUGUCCUCUGCCGGGCCCUGCAGCUUCGGCACCGCCUCCACGCCCGUGCUCGGUGGGAAUACCUUUACUCUACGCAACGCCAAGAGGGAAAACACCAGGAUUGUGUUGCCAUUCAGCUUUGCAUGGCCGAGGUCGUACACGUUGAUCGUGGAGGCUCUGGACUUUAACAACGACUCUUCAUCUGGCAGUGCGAUCGAGAAAGCCGUCCACUCGGGGAUGAUCAAUCCCAACCGUCAGUGGCAGAACCUGAAGCACGACGGCCGAGUGGCUCAGUUCACCUUCCAGGUUCGCCUCACCUGUGACGAGCACUACUACGGCUUCGGCUGCAACAAGUUCUGCCGCCCGAGAGACGACUUCUUCGGACACUACGAGUGCGACCACAACGGCAACAAGACGUGUCUGGAGGGCUGGAGCGGUCCGGACUGUAACACGGCGAUCUGCAGGCAGGGCUGCAGCUCAGAACACGGAUCCUGUAAAGUUCCUGGAGAGUGCAAGUGUCUGUACGGCUGGCAGGGAGAUUACUGUGAUCAGUGUAUUCCUCACCCCGGCUGUGUUUACGGCAGCUGUGUGGAGCCUUGGCAGUGUCUGUGUGACACCAACUACGGAGGACAGCUGUGUGACAAAGAUCUGAACACGUGUGCGACGCUGCAGCCGUGUUCAAACGGAGGAACCUGCAGCAACACGGGACCGGACAAAUAUCACUGCGCCUGUCGGCACGGCUUCUCCGGUGUCAACUGUCAGAGAGCGGACCACGCCUGUCUGUCUGCCCCCUGUGUGAACGGAGGGAGCUGUGCUGAAACCAGUCUGGGUUUUGAGUGUCACUGUGCGCCCGGAUGGAGCGGACCGUCCUGCUCUAUCAAUGUGGACGAGUGUGCGGUGAACCCCUGCAGUCAUGGCGGGACCUGUCAGGACCUGGUGAACGGUUUCAGGUGUUUGUGUCCUCCUCAGUGGACCGGGAAGACCUGCCUCAUCGAUGCUAACGAGUGUAAAGAUGACCCUUGCGUCAACGCCAACUCCUGCAGAAAUCUGAUUGGAGGAUACUUUUGCGAGUGUCUUCUUGGUUGGACGGGGCAGAACUGUGACACCAAUAUCAAUGACUGCCAAGGCCAGUGUCAAAACGGAGCUACCUGUAAGGACUUGGUGAGCGGGUAUAAGUGUGUGUGCACUCCGGGUUUCGACGGCGACCGCUGUGAGAAAGACGUGGACGAGUGCUCCAGCGGGCCUUGCCUCAACGGCGGCCGUUGCCACGACGAAGUCAACGGCUUCCACUGCCUGUGUCCUCCUGGUUUCUCUGGGAGUCGCUGUCAGUUGGAUAUCGAUUACUGCCUCAACGCUCCGUGUCAAAAUGGCGGCCAGUGUUUCAACCUGGUGUCGGAUUACGUCUGCAAAUGUCCCGAAGAUUACGAGGGGAAAAACUGCUCGCGUUUGAAGGACCACUGCCGCUCCACGCCGUGCAAAGUGAUUGACAGCUGCACGGUGGCGGUGACGUCCAACAGCACGGCAGGAGGGGUGCGCUUGAUUUCAUCCAAUGUGUGCGGCCCACAUGGGCGGUGUCAGAGUCUCGCUGGUGGACAGUUCAGCUGCGAGUGUGACGAGGGAUUCAGCGGGACGUACUGCCACGAGAACAUCAACGACUGUGAGAGCGCCCCCUGUCUGCACGGAGGAACCUGUAUCGAUAAAGUCAGUCGCUUUCAGUGUAUCUGUGCCGACGGCUGGGACGGAGCGACCUGCCAGAACAACGUUGAUGAUUGCAGCUCUGCUCCCUGCAUGAACCGCGGCGUGUGCCGAGAUCUGGUCAACGAUUUUUACUGCGAGUGCGACAACGGCUGGAAGGGAAAAACCUGCAGCUCACGAGAGAGUCAGUGUGACGAGGCGACCUGUAACAACGGAGGAACCUGUCACGACGAGGGAGACACGUUCUCGUGCGUGUGCGCCGCUGGCUGGGCGGGCAGCAGCUGUAACAUCGCUCAGGACAGCAGCUGUGUGCCGAGUCCCUGUGAGAACGGAGGGACCUGUGUGGUGGACGGAGACUCGUUCAACUGCGUCUGUAAGGAGGGCUGGGAGGGCGCCACCUGCAGCCAAAAUACAAACGACUGCAGCCCUCAGCCCUGUUAUAACAGUGGGACGUGUGUGGACGGAGAGAACUGGUAUCGAUGUGAAUGUGCUCCGGGGUUUACCGGUCCAGACUGCAGGAUCAACAUAAACGAGUGCCAGUCGUCGCCCUGCAGCUCCGCCUCCACCUGUGUGGAUGAGAUCAACGGCUACCGCUGCGUCUGCCCCCCGGGGAGGAGCGGCCCUCGCUGUCAUCAAGUGUCGGGGAGGCCGUGUGUGGUGGGGGGGCUGGUCGCUCUGGAUGGAAGCAGGUGGGAUGAAGACUGCAACACCUGCAGCUGUACCAACGGGAGGAUCAGCUGCACUAAGCUCUGGUGCGGACCCAAACCCUGCACCCUCCACGGUAAGACGCGGGGCUCCGGGUGUCCGGCCGAUCAGACCUGCGUCCCCAUCCGUGAUGAGCGCUGCUUCGUUAAGCCCUGCCCACUCCAGGGGGAGUGCUGGAGCCCCGCCCACCAGGCCCCGCCCACAGCCAGGUGUCACCCAGAGAGCAGCUGUGCAAACAUCACCUUCACCUUCAGAAAGGAGAGCAUGGAACGGGGUGUGACGGUGGAGCAGGUUUGUCACCAGCUCAAGAGUCUCUACUCCAUCAGGAAUCUGUCCUCCUCCUCCGUGUCCAUGACGUGUGAGCCUUCGCUCAGCGCCAACAACGAGAUCCACAUCGCCAUCUGGACGGAGGAGCACGGCGGUGGAGGAGGAGGUCUGACCUUUGUCAAAGAAAUCACAGACAGGAUCAUGGAUCUGGUCAGCAAGCGGAGCGCCAACAGCUCCAUCAUCAGCGCCAUCGCCGAGGUCCGCGUGCAGAGAAGACAGAGCCACGACGCCAACGACCACCUCGUCCCCCUGCUGGUCUCUGUGGUGGUCUUCGUCUGGGCGUUGGCGGUGGUGUCCACGCUGCUGUGGUGUGUGAGGAGGCGGAGGAAGCAGAGCGCACACACCGGGGUCAGCACGCAGGCGGCGCUGUCCUCGUCUUUGAACGCCGCGGCCGCCGCUGAGGACAACAACGCCCUGCACAACAGCAUCUGCGCCGCCCGCGAGCAGCUCAGACACAUCAAGAACCCCAUCGAGAAACAACCGCCCAACUACAACCACCAGAACCACCAGAACCAGCAGCACCACCAGCUCCUCCUGCAGCCCCGCCUCUGCGAGGACAAGAACUCCAUCAACGCCAGGAUCAGGAAGUCAGACGCCGCGAGCCAAUCAGACGAGGACGAGAUGGACAAGCGUCUGCAGAAGGCGAGGUUCCCGAGGGCUCCGCCGGCGUACUCGCUGGUGGACUGGGAGGACCGCCCCCCCAUCCAUAAACCCCCCCACUGGACCUGCAAACAGGACAACAGGCAGCUGCAGACACAGUACAUCGUAUAACCAACGCAGAGUUUACGCUUUUUGGAUUCUUUAGUGUCCGUUCCCGACUUCACGAUGGAUCCUCGUCGUUUUUUAUUUAUCUUUCUUUGACCCGACGCCGGUCUGAACGCCCCGCUGCAGACCGGAAGACUUCUCAAACUCUGACGUGACUUUGAUUAAAGACUGAGUUUAGUGUUUGAAUCGGCGGCUCAUCAGCGACCGUCCAAUGUGGGAAAAAAAACAUAUUUAUUUUAGUUUUUUGGGGGAGGAGACGUCGAAUGUUUCUGUACAGACUUGUAAAUAUAUUUCUUAGAGUCAUCGUGCAUAUUUGAUUUUUUUAACUUAAUCCUCCAGAGCCUUAACUUUUUUAAUUUAUGACUUUAGUCUGGAGGUUUGACGGCUCUGAAUGGAAAUCAUUUUUCUAAGCGUUCUGAGAGAAGAGUUUCAGUCGAGACGUUUGGAUUCGGGCAUUUUGGUGCCUCAGCUGAAUCUGUUGUUGGCGUCCUUACUUGUGUUUUGUUGUUACGUUGACCACGAUGUUCCGUGUACAUGUAAACGUAAAGAGGUCUUUUUUUUCUACGAACCAACAUGGUGGUGAACAUUUUGCUUUUGCUACUGAAAAGAAAUGAUUUGAGGUACCGAAGGUUUAUUUUAUUUUUUAAAUAGUGAUUUGUAUAUUUUGCACAUUGUUAAAUGAGUUGACAAACAGACUCUGGAUCCUGUUUGUGUCUUUGUAACUGUCUGAUUCAUUAAAGGAGCGCCGUGGAGUUUGAUUGUAAA